AUGUCGUCGUUCGCGCCGGGUGCCUCGCCGCUUCUCCGCCUCACCCCGCUGCAGUUAUCCGAACUGCCGCCGCACCCCGAUCUUCCUCUUGGCUCAUCGGCUAUCCAGUCAUUGAAUCCCAAGAAGGAAGAUGUGGAUCAGCCGGAUCUUCUUCCCUUUAUCGUUACUCUUCUCAACGACGGUCUCUCGUUUCUGUCCAAGUCUCAAGUAGAGGCCAACUUCAAGAAGACUUCUACUAAGAAAGCAGACGGCUCCAAUGCCUCCGUCGAUGUGCUCACACGGAACUUCUCACGGUCAGCGCUAGAACGUGACGUCCCGUGGUACAACGAAUCUAGCAGCAUCAACGCAGGAGUGGACCCGCCCUCCGGCCAACGGGCAAGCAAAGCGCCAGAAGCGGACUCGAGUGCUGCAGCGAGCAACAGCCUCGCCGUUCCCACCGCCCCCGUGGACACGCGCCGCGCACGCUCUCCCAGCAAUGCGUCCGCUCGAUCCGUCGGCUCUGGCCAGGCUCCCAAGAUACGUAGGAAGAAACCCACGGACAUUCUGAAUGAGUACUGGUUCACCCGGCGCUCUGUCCACAACUGCGUAUCCGCCAAGCUUGAGUCCGGCACCGCAUCUUGGGAGCAAUUCGUAUUCGGCUUGCUACACAACCAUUCCAAGAACGAGCAAGAGUUCACGCCAAAUCUCUUCGACACUCGUAAGGCCGUCGACUGGGACGGCCAAGUGCGAAAAUUAGCUGAAGAAGGGAGCCUCCAGAGGAAAGGUUGGACCGAUGUCAGUAUUUCCAUCAACGAGAUGUGCCACGCGCUGCCCGGCAUACUCGCACCGCGAUGUUUCGGUGUUUUGGUGGUGGGUGGUAAGGUGCUUCCCGAGCAAGCUGUAGACGGCGGUGGUAGCAGCGUGAGGCCUAGCAGCGACAGCGCCAAGCGGUGGGCUGACGGCGAGAAGCAGAAGUUUGUCGUUGUCACGGUUCCCGUGAAGCUGGGCGUCGGCGUCAAAAAGGCCUUUUAUGCCAACCACCGAAAUCGUAAGGAAGGAGAGGGCCAGCAGAGAGAGGAGGUCGUUCAGGGACUUUACACCGCCGUGGAAACAUGCACUCUGAGGUCGAAAGGUGCAGGCGAGGGAGAGGAGGUCGAGUGGAUCAUGACUACAGCUAGCGACGCUGCGGGCAACUUGCCAAUGUGGAUGCAGCGAAUGUCUAUCCCUGGAGUGUUACCCAAGGACGUGAGCUUCUUCAUGAAGUGGAUCAAGGAUGUUGACGAAGCAAGGAUCGAGGACGACUUGGGUGGCGCGUGA